AUGACAGAUCACGGCGAGAGAAAGCGAAAGCAGAAGGUUCAGUGGCCUGAGGAAGCCGAACGAAAACUCAUCGAGGUCUGGGCGGACGUCCUCCAACGCUACAGUGGAGCGAUGAUAAAGAAGAAAGCCAAAGCGCAAAAAGCCGCGGACAUUCUAAAUACUUAUGUCGAAGAUGAGCUACCUGGAGGGCUUCAGUACAGCGCAGAGGAGGUCCUGGCAAAAAUAGACAACGUUGUCGCCAAAGCUAGGCGCUUCUACAACAAAUUUCCACGCCAGAAGGAAACAGGGCGCCCUGCCAGUGACGAUGACAUCGCUGUUGAUGUAGAAGCUGCGAGUCUGGCAUGGCCAAAUUUCCAGACGUUUUACGACGUUUUUAGGAAUCACCCCUCUCUAGGCCCAGGCACUGCAGACGACUCGAGCGAGCAGGUCGAAAGUCACGAUGCACAGUCUGUUGCCGAUAUAACGACAAGACCUGUCACGCCUGUAACGCCCCCAACACCUACCACAAGUAAUUAUGCUGAGGACACCGAAGACAAUGACGACAAUCACCAGCAAGCUAAAAAAGAAAAGAAAAGAAGAACAGAAGACAAAAGCAGAGACAAGAAGAAGACUCCUCGCACAGUGGCUGCACAGGCUGCUUUCCUAGAGGGUUUGGCAGUACAGCAAGAAGAAGCUCAGAGAAGGCAAUUUGAACACGAAAUGCGACAGCAGCAAAUGCUUCAAGAAUUUGAAGAGAAACGAGAGCAGUCUCGUCAAAGAUUUGAAAUAGAAAUGAAAGAAAGAGAGGAAGAGACAAAAUCCCAUCUGGAGAGGGAAAGAUUGCAGUUUCAACAGACAAUGAUGCAACAGCAACAGCUAUUUCAAGCAGAACUUUUCAAGCGGCUAUUUGAUGACAGUAAAGAUAAGUAG